CGGCUGGGGCAGGGGGCCGGGGGCGGGGCACCGGGCACAGCCAUGAGGCGGGACGUGCGCAUCCUGUUGCUGGGCGAGGCCCAGGUGGGGAAGACGUCGCUGAUCCUGUCGCUGGUGGGCGAGGAGUUCCCCGAGGAGGUGCCCGCGCGCGCCGAGGAGAUCACCAUCCCCGCCGCCGUCACGCCAGAGCGGGUGCCCACCCACAUCGUGGACUUCUCAGAAGCCGAGCAGACGGAUGAGGAGCUCCGGGAGGAGAUCCGUAAGGUGCGGGAGCUGCGUGGAUGGAGGCGCCGGCCGUCCUCGACCCUGACAGCAAAUGUGGUGUGUGUGGUGUAUGAUGUGUCUAACGAGACCACGAUUGAGAAGGUGAGCAGGAGGGAGCACCCCAUCCAUCCCAAGUCCCUGCCACUGGCUCUUUCAACAGUCCCCAGUGAAGACCAGAUUCGAACCAAGUGGAUUCCACUGGUAAAUGGGAGAACUGAGAGGGGGCCCAGGCUGCCCAUCAUCCUGGUAGGCAACAAGGUGGACCUGCGGUCAGGAAGCACCAUGGAAGCUGUGCUACCCAUCAUGAGCCAGUUUCCUGAGAUAGAGACCUGUGUGGAGUGUUCUGCCAAACAUCUGAAGAACAUCUCAGAGCUGUUCUACUAUGCCCAGAAGGCCGUUCUACAUCCCACAGCCCCCCUGUAUGACCCUGAGACCAAGCAGCUGAAGCCUGCGUGCACCCAGGCCCUCACUCGAAUCUUCAGGCUCUCCGACCAGGAUCUGGACCAGGCACUGAGCGAUGAGGAGCUCAGUGCUUUCCAGAAGUCCUGCUUUGGCCACCCUCUGGCCCCACAGGCCCUGGAAGAUGUAAAGAGGGUAGUGUGCAAGAAUGUGGUGGGCGGCGUGCAGGACAACAGACUAACCCUGGAUGGCUUCCUCUUCCUGAACACACUGUUCAUCCAGCGUGGACGGCACGAGACCACAUGGACUAUUCUGCGACGCUUCGGCUACAGUGACUCACUUGAGCUGACAGCAGACUACCUCUGCCCACGGCUCCAUGUACCCCCUGGUUGCAGCACUGAGCUUAACCACCGCGGCUACCAGUUUCUGCAGCAGGUGUUUGAGAAGCAUGACCAGGACCAUGAUGGCGCCCUCUCACCCUUGGAGCUGCAAAACCUCUUCAGUGUGUUCCCAGUGGCCCCCUGGGGCCCUGAACUCCCACGCACUGUCCGCACUGACACCAGCCGGCUACCCCUGCAUGGUUUCCUCUGCCAGUGGACCCUAGUGACCUACCUGGAUGUCCAGCGCUGCCUCGAGCACCUUGGCUACCUAGGCUACCCCACCCUCUGUGAGCAGGACUCCCAGGCACAGGCCAUCACAGUCACUCGUGAGAAGAGGCUGGAUCAGGAGAAGGGGCAGACCCAGCGGAAUGUCCUCAUGUGCAAGGUGGUAGGGGCCCGAGGAGUGGGCAAAUCUUCCUUCUUGCAGGCCUUUCUUGGCCACAGCCUGAGGGACACCAGGGCAUCCCCUGGGGAGACUCCCAUCCACGUCAUCAAUACAGUGCUGGUCAGCGGACAAGAGAAGUACCUGAUUCUAUGUGAGGUGGAUGUGGACAGCAUGCUGGCCACUUCCCUGGACACCGCCUGUGAUGUUGCCUGCCUGAUGUUUGAUAGCAGUGAUCCUGCAUCCUUUGCAUUCUGCGCCACCGUGUACAAGCGCCAUUACAUGGAUGGCCAGACCCCUUGCCUCUUUGUGUCGUCCAAGGCCGACCUGCCUGCAGGUGUCGCCCCACCAGGCCUGUCACCUGGGGAGUUCUGUCGCAGGCACCGGCUGCCUGCCCCCACCCCAUUCUCCUGCAGCGGCCUGGCCCAGCCCAGCACUGAUAUCUUCACUCAACUGGCCACCAUGGCUGCCUUUCCACACCUGGUGCACACAGAGCUGCGCCCCACCUCUACCUGGCUCCGGGGAAUGCUGGUGGCUGUUGGGGCCACCGUGGCUGCAGUCCUCAGCUUCUCACUCUAUAGAAUCCUGGUGAAGAGUAGAUGAUGCCUCUCAGCCCCCUCUCCUGACCUAGUGGGGCUCCACAGGGGCAGUCUGGUGCAGGCUUUCAGCCUCACAGCAUGACUAUGAGCCCCUGGGGCACUGCUCUGGCCCCUGCAUCCCCUGCCCUUUCCUCAGGCCCCUCCUCAGGGCUGGGUGUGCCCCCAGCACUGUCUCACGAAAGCUCUACCCAGUCUGCCUGGCUGAGCUGUGCUGAGAACCUGGGCUUGUGACCCAGAAGCUCCACUGCCUGGCCUGAGGGCUCCAUGGCAGAUGUUCCUGGUGGGAGGCCCUUUCCUCACCUUUGUGGGUAUUGGGUAAGGUGACCAUUGACCCUAGACCCAGAAUUCUUAGGGCUCUCCCUUGCUUCUGGUGUCAGUGGGUAUGCAGGGGCCAGUAAGUGGCUAGGCUGCUGUGUAACCCCACCUUCCCAUCCAGUUUGAAGCCUUGUCCGUGGCAGAAGACAUGAGGUUGGGUUUCCUGAUUAAACCUCACUUGUUUUUUUCCUCUCUGGGA